CCUAGUGCAGCGUUUCCUUGCAACACCUGUGACAGCGGCUUUGGAGUACCACCACGCUUACAGGCUGAACGCCAUUCUGCUCAUUGCGAAAGCACAUCAAAUGACUAGAAUUUAGGAGCUUCGGAGGAGCGCUCUGAGCGGCCAUACACACAAUUCCCCGCGACAUUGCAGCGAGCUGUCAACCCAGCGAGCUCGUUGCGCAGUGGUGCUGCAUGGCACACGAAAACAUUUCAUUGACCGCCGACUGCGAUGACGGCGGAGCCGUGACGGAGCCCGAACAUGGCGGUCUCGCGAGCAUGCCUGCGCUGCCCCUUGCGACGCUGUGGGCGCACCUCUCUACCGCGAGCCGGCGGAACCUGCGUGCGACCUGCGCCUCUCUUCGCCGGGCCAUCGACUGGGAGCUGCUGCGGGCCUGCGUCGUGUGUGCUGGGGCGCCCGGCAGCUGCGCAGCCGCGACACCGGCGCCAGCAGCGGCCGCCGCCACGCUGCCGCCGCUGGCAGCCGAGGUCAUGCGACUGCUACACGGCGCCGUUUGCGACACGGCUACAGCCACGCACCUCGGCCGCACCUCGCGAGCCUGCCGCUGCAGCCGCGGCAGCUGUAGUGCCUCCGGCGGCGGCGGCGGCGGCACGUGCUAUGCGGCUACGGCUGCGGCGGGUCGCUACCAGUCCGUCCGUGCACUGGUCAUCACCCACGCCCCGCCGACACCACCACCACCGCCACCACCGCCACCGCAACCUGCCCCGCCUCCCUCCUCCAGCGCCACAGCCGCUGCGCCGCCGUACCCCUACUACCAGCGCUACGCCCCCGCGCCGCCGCCGCCGCCCCCGCCCGCCACCCUGCUCCGCUCCUUCGCCCACUGCCCCGCCCUCACCACCCUCAUCCUAGCAGACCUCCGGCCCUCGCCCGCGCCCUCGGAACGCGACCUGCUCGCCAUCGCCGCCGCGCUGCCCGGCCUCACGGCGCUUCACGUGCUGUGCUCGCCCGGCGCCCGUGCUGCGCGUGCUGUGGCGCCGCCGCUGGGCGGCCUGGCCGCGGGCUGCCCGCGCCUGCGCGCCCUCACUCUGGACCUGGGCCGGCGCGGUGUGGUGGGGGCGGCGGCUGCGGGCGUGGCCGGCCUGGGGCGGCUGACUGGCCUCAGGUCACUGACACUGGGGCUGGCGGACACGGACGGCGACGAACGGGAGUGCCUGGGCGGCAGCGGUGCGGCAGGCAGCGGUGUUAAUGCUGGUGGCGGUGGCGGUGGCGGUGGCGGUGGCGGUGGCGGUGGCGGUGGCAGCGGCAGCCCCGGUGGCAGCAGCAGCGAAGGCGCGGGCAUGGGCGGCGUGGCAGGCUCUGGGGAUGGCGUGGCGGCGGAGGCGCUGGCAGAGUGGGGUCGGGGGCUGGCUGCAAGCCUGUGGCUGCUGGCACGUGCCGGGCUGACGUCACUGGAGCUCCGGCUGCUGUCCUUCGGGCGUUACGAGCGGAGGCUGUUGCAGGCUGUAGCAGCCGGCAGCAGCAGUGCAGUGGCGUCUCAGGCGGCGGCUGGCGGAGGUGGCGGCGGCGGUCGCAAUGGCGGCGGCGACAUUGGUGGCGGGGGCGGCGGCGGCGGCGGCAGCGGGCUGCAACGCCUGAGCCUGCGGCUGAUGCCCGCGCUACAGCACGCAGCGCCGUCCUCCGCGUCUUUCGCCUACACGCUUGGCGCAGGCGGCGGCAGCUCCGGCCUCGGCGGCGCCUUUGGCGGCGGCGGCCUCGGCGGCGGCUGCGGCGACGGCGCCGCCACCUCCAGCUCCAGCUACUGCACGCCAUCCGCCUCCCUCAGCUACAGCCCGCUACCGCUGGGCAACAGCGGCACCCUGGGCGCCGGCGCCGGCGGCGUCACGUGGGCGCAGCCGUCGGAGGCGGACGGCAUGCUGGCGGCGGCGGCGGCGCUGCCGCGCCUCACGUCCGUAUCGCUGCCUGAGCUGCUGCUCACCUCCAGCCAGCAGCUGUCACGGCUGCGGGCCCUGACGGCCCUGACGGAGCUGAGGCUGGGUGGCGUCGUCGCCUCCGCAGUGACGGCGCCGGCGGCGGCCUCGCCGCCUGGAGGCGGCGAACGGGAUCCGCCAGCGUCGCCGCCGGCGCAGCGGCACGUGCUCCCGGGCGUCAGGGCGCUGGUGGUGGAGGCGGAGAGCCCGUCGUAUGGCGGCGGCGGCGGCGGCGCGGGACGGAGCAGGAUGGGUCUGGGCGGGCCGCCCAGUGCGGUGGUGCCGUGGUGGUCUGCGGUGUGCCCCGGCCUGCAGCACCUGACGCUGACGCUGCAGUACGCCGGGUGGGCGGCGGCGCGGGAAGGGUUCGACGGCGGCCGUGGAGGCGGCGGCGGCGGCCUGGGUCUGUUGUAUGAUCAUGGGGGUGGGGCGGGUAGCACAGCGGCUGCGGAGGCGCUAGGCGUGGCGCUUGCGCGCGUGGGCUGCGUGCGGCUGAUCGCGGCGGCGGCGCGGCUGCCGCUGGCGGGCGCAGUCAGCGGUGGCGGAGCCGCCAGCGUUCCCGACCCGCGUACUUGGGCACCCGGCGGUGGCGGCAGCAGUGGCGGCGGCGGCGGAGGCGCAGUAGCAGCAGCGAUGGCAGCAGCGGCGGGCGGCGGAGAUGAAGGGGGCAGUGGCAUGGCGCUGUCCGUACUGCGGCGCGAUCUGCCCAUUGUCAUACGUACGGCGGCGGGCGCGGUACGACACCUGGAGGUACACCUGGACGAGCCGGGACAGCUGCGGGCGCUGCUGGAGGAUGGGCAGCUGGCGCGGGCCCUGGCCGAUUCGCAUGCUGCAGCUGGUGCUGCCGCUGCAGCUGCUGCAGCAGCUACUGCCGGAGUGGCGGGAGGCGGCAGUAGCUGCCGCAACCGCAGUGACUGUGUUGGCCUUGAUGGCGGCGUGACGGUGAAGCUGGUUACUGCACUCGGGUUUGGGGCCGCCAGUGGUGGUGGCGGCGGCGGCGGUGGCGGUGGGAGCGGCAGCGGUGGUGCGCGCAGCUGGAUGGACAUGAUUCGGCUGUGUCUGGCGCUGACGGUGUUCGUGGAGCACGCCGGCCCCGCGCUCACAUGCCUGUGCGUGUGCGUGCCCGGACUGAUGGACAGCGUGUGCGGCGGCUGGGCUGGUCCCGGUCGCUACAGCCGCAGCAGUGACAUCGGCAGUAGCAGCAGCGGUUGGGCAGUAGCGGCCCCUGGCGGCGCACGUGACAUGGAAGCGGCGGCGUCGCGGGAAAUGGUGUGCGACUUGUUGGGGUCACUGGCGGGGGUGGCGAAGGCGUCUGGCGUGCUGCUGUGCCUGCGUGGGAGCUGCCUUCGUGACAGCGACCGUGCAGGGCUGGUGUUUACGCUGGAGCGAGCGGCGUGGCAGCGGCGGGAGCUGCAUGGGGUGGAGGGCGGGGCGGGCGUCACGGGCUCGGGGGCGGGGGAUGGCAGGGGGCUGCUGCUGGUGCCGGAGGCGGCGGUGGGGUGCUGUGUGGGUUGCUGGUCCGACCCGCCCGUGCAUGUUGUGCUGUGAGAGGGGUGCAGGAGUGCAGGUGUGGCGCGCUGGUCAGGGGAGCCGCUGGCAGCUGCUGCUUUGUGACGAGGUGUGGCUUGGAGAGACUUCGGUGCUAAGGCAGUUUGGUGUGGGGCUGUACGGUAUGUGGCAGGUUGCUUGAUGUGGGAACGAAGGGCUGGCACAAGCUGCUGGCGCUUAGGCAGCGUGACGGGCGUGGGUACGGGCGUGCGUGGCUGUAUGUGUUUGAUAUGGAAAGAACGCUUCGC